AUGGUAUUAUACUUUCAAUUAAUCUAUUUGGUUUUAUAUCUAAUUCCAUUGACAAAUACCAUCUUAGAUGAUGAUAUUCUUUAUGAUAUUAAAUGGCAACCGGAAUUACCAGCUUUAACUGAACUUGAUAAUAGUCAUACAUUUACAUCUACACGUAAAGAAAACUAUCAAUGUGUCUUACCAAAAACUGAAACAACGAUUCCAACAUCUACUGAAACAAUUGCAUUUUCUGAAGUUGAAACAUUACUAGAAGGUUUACAUGCAAAAAAAUUAUGUGCUUAUAGAUUGGAUCCGUAUUGGACAUAUGAAUUAUGUCAUGGUGUACAUAUUCGACAAUAUCAUGAUACAAAAGUUGCAGGACAAAAAUCACUUCUUCAAGAAUAUUAUUUAGGUUAUUAUCAUUCGGAUAAUCAAGAUAUUCAAACUACUUCUGAUGGAAAACAAGUAUUCAAAAUUCAUUAUAAAACAAUUGAUAAUAAAAAAACACCUAUGCUAGCUGUUCGAUAUUCAGGUGGAACACUAUGUGAUAUUAAUUCCAAUCAACCACGUGAAACGAUUGUUUAUUAUGUAUGUGAUGAAAGAGGUAAUGAUGUUGUAUUGAAUUUCGAAGAAAUUUCAACAUGUUAUUACGAAAUGACCGUGGCAUCGAGAUGGCUUUGUAAAUUACCUGCAUUUAGUCCUGCAGAACCAAAUCGUUAUAGUGUAAAUUGUUAUCCUAAAGAGAAUGCUCGACAGAAACCUCGAAAUUUAAAAAAACUGGAAGACGAAAGACAAAUGUCAUUAAAAAAAGGUGGCCGUGCACAAUUUACGAUGACAAGUGCAGACGGAACAACAUUUAUUAUAGCAUAUCAAUAUGCAAGCGACGUUGAUCUUGAUGAAUUAACUGAAACAGUUACAAAUAAAGUAACACCAUCAACUAUAACUGAACAUAUUGGAACACCGAAUGAUCAACAAGUUCGACAACAUCCAAUGGGAAAUUUAGGUACAGAUGUUGAUCGUGAUUUUCUUGAAGGUUUUCUGUCUGGUCGAGAAUGUUUACCCGGUGGAAGUGGUUGGUGGAAAUAUGAAAUAUGUUAUGGCAAACAUGUUAUACAAUUUCAUGAAGAAGGUCAACAUCGUACAUCAAUUUUACUUGGAACAUGGAAUCGUGAUAAACAUAUUGAAUGGUUAAAUACAAAUCCAAAAAAGAGAUUAGCUGGAAAUAUUCGUGAUCGACAAUUUGUUUCCUUAUAUUACACUGAUGGUGAUAUAUGCGAAUUAACUAAAACUCGACGUGUUGUUGAAGUUAAACUACGAUGUUCCAAAAAUGCAGAAAAAUCUCAUGCAACAUCAAUGUAUCUUGUUGAACCGGAAACAUGUUCUUAUGUUAUGGGAGUUGAAUCAUCACUUUUUUGUAAUUUAAUUGAUUAUACAGAUGAAUAUGGAAUACCCGAUCGUGAAAAAUUAAUGAAACGUUUUCAACAACAACAACAGCAACAACAAACACCAGAACAAUAG